UCAUAGUGCAAUGCACAGCUUGAAUGAUCAGUUUUGUGUAGGAGACUGCAGAAUUCAGAAGCAGCUUUUAUUCACUUAGUGAAAUGGAUAGUUCACACAACUGCUGCAAUAAUCACAACUCAGAAUUGGGUGAUAUUGGAUUUGUACCUCCUCCACCUCCCUACUGGAGUCUCAGCAGCCAAGAUGGCCAUAAGGACAUUCCUUCAGUGCCUCCCUAUGACUCUCAGGGCUAUUAUCCUCCACCAGAUUACAGUGGAUUCUAUUCACAAGGCUCACUGCCUGCUCCUAAUGUAAUCAAUGCUCAGCCAGCAAUCAUUGUCACCCAGCCAUAUUCAGGAUAUCCAGUACCCCAGGAUUACUUGGCCUUCUCCAUUGUGACAAUGCUGUUUUGCUGCCUUCCUCUUGGAAUUGCUGCUCUAAUUUAUUCUGUUCAGACUCGUGAUGCCAUCAGUUAUGGAAACCUUGAAGAAGCACAGAGAAAAUCACUGAUAUCCCGAAACCUAAAUAUUUCAGCUUUAGUCUUUGGCAUUGCCAUUAUAGCUGUCGUUAUUAUACUACAAUUUACUGUGGUCAUCUACCAUACUUAAUAUAUUACUAAAACCAAAAGGAUCUCACUGAAGCCAUCACUGUGAAACAAACCAGAAUUUUUAAUCAGGACUGUACAAUUUUUAUCUCUCAACAGGCUGUCCUGACCUAUAGGAUGUAUUACUUAUAUCCACACUAUUGAUAAGAAAUGCUGAAAUACUCACUUGAGACUGAUUAUUGGGAAAUGGGAAAUGUGCUCUUCGCUUCAUACCUAUAACAUUUCAAAAUAGUUUUGCACUUAUAUUCUUUUCUUUUUUUUGUGUUCUCACAUAUCUACUGCACUAUCACCAAAGGGGCUUGUAGCCAUGCAUCUCAUGUUUUACGGUUCCUUACUGACAUUUUAUUUCCUGUGUGCAGUAUGUUUAUAUCACGUGUAGAUUUUGUUUAUCUAUACACGUCAAUGCCAUGAUUAAUGAUAAUGAUAUCACUUAGUUAUUCAUUGCAGCUGGCAUGAUAUAACUUCAAGAAUCUCUAGAAAACAAGCCCAUAAGACAACACUAAGAAUAAUGAAAGUCUGAAAGCUAAAGUUUAGCAGACCUUGUUCAUUGUUAUGUGGGUCAAGGUUUCCAACACAUUAAAUUGUAAUUUUCAGGAAAUGGUGUCUUGAUUUAGCCUCCAUUCUUAAUGCUUUCAUUUAUCUAUUAAUUUAUUUUGUCAUAUGAAGAAUUCUAGUGGACUUUAAAUUAUUAGCCUGUUUUCACAUAACCAGCUUUCUCCCUGGCUGUUCUUAGAACUUCUACGAUAUACAGUUUUUCAUGAGGAGUUACUUAACCAAAUGGUACAAAGUAAGACAAUUUGCUCAAUAGGCUGUAGCUGUCAUUAGCCACAGUGCAGCAUAUGACAGUUCAGGUCAUUGUUCAUCCUACUCUUUCACUAAGAGCUCUGGUCAACAGACUGACCUUCCUCUUAACAGAAUGUGCACCAAGGACUUCAGUGAAAUAACUUGACCAUUCUCAGUCGUAUUCGCUUGUUAAUCACCUGGUAGCAAUUCAGAUGGAAAAAAAUUAUUAUGCAGCCAACCCCAUGAAUACUUAACAUUUCUUAUUAUCAUAUGACCGCGUCAGUAUGGAUGUUGUAAAAAGCCUGGUGACACAUGUAACUGUAGCUCAGCAUCACUGGAUGUCCUCAGUGCCUUCAUGAGGCUGGGACUCGUGCUCAUUUUUUUGGCUCCUCCUGCCCAGACAAUCAGGUGUCUUUUUUGGCCUUCUAAUACAUUUAUUCCUUGAUGGCUAACCAUUGCCAAAUUCCUGCUGGGGUAUAAGCCAGGCUGAGACAUGCUAUUGUCCUUACUGGUGGUGUAUUUUUUAUUUUGUCAUCUCUCUUGUCCUGCUCCUAAAUCCAUUAUGGAAUACGAGUGCUGACAAGCCAAAGAUGAUCUGUUGAUAUACACUACCAUGAUUCUGCAUCAGGGUUCGAGCUCCUUCUAUCAUUGAAAUCCUUCCUAGAAAUCCUAACCCUCCCCCAAGAUAGGUGACCAGGCUCAUUUUUUACUGACUGAAGAUAUCUGAACACUGGUAUUGCAAUUGUUUGCUUUUUAAUUUACACUCAUAGUGUGGUCACAGAAUCAUUGGGUUGUAGCUUAUAAAUUACUUGCCUGAUUCCAACAGUUAUAUAGCAAGAUUACUUACUUUCACAUUGCAUCCAUGGUGGUGCAGCGGUAGCGUUGUUGCCUCACAGCAAGAGGUUCUCCCGUUCGAUCCUCAGCUGGAGUGCGGGGAGUGCCUUCUGUGUGGAGUCUGCAUGUCCUCCCUGCAGUUGGGUGGGUGUUUGAAAAACAUGUGCAAAUGGGUGUGCCUUUGAGGUUAAAUGUUGAGCUGGCACCUCAGUGUUUGUGAAAAUCUACUGCCAAUCAUUAACAGACCGCUGUGGCGACCCCUAACCGGGAAAAUACAAACAACAACUUACUUUCACAUUGCAUCACUACUUAUUAUGUAUUUAUAAUCUAUAAAUUUACUUAUAUGUAGACAAUAGUAUAUUUCUGGUAAUCAUUUUGCUACAACACAGAUUAUAAUUCAACUUGAUGCAUUUUGAAAACAAUUUCUAAUCAUGAGAUACUAAAUAGUAACAUUUUAAAGCUGUACAAUCCAUAAAUACUUGCCCUUGGUAAUAUUAUGUACUAUAUAUGUAUUCACAUUUUUUUCUGUGUUGCCCUCUAUUCUUUUAGGCUAGUAAAGCCACACAGCACUAUAAUUAUUUUACGGUCUGCAUAUAAAUACUACAUUUGUAACUUUCUGUAGCCUUUAGUUGUCUGUUUUCCAAUAUUCUGCUCUUAAAUUUUAUGUUUACAGCAACAAUUUAUCUGCUUACUUACUGGAAUUUUAUUUGCAUGCCAUUUUCUUUGGAGCAUUAGUAUAUUGUCUCUAAUCCUGGUCAGUGAUGCAAACUGAGGCUUUAAUGUUUUUCCUAGUCAAUUUUAUUAAUCAUAUAAACAAAUUAGCCAACAAAGGGCUAGUUACUGAGAGAUGUAAUGUAUUUAUAUUUUUCAUUUGAAAAUUAAGGGUCAUUGAAGCAUACAGAUACAGAACAGUAUGAGCAAUCUGCCUUUACAAUGCAUGCUGUUAACCUGCCAACAUUGUACUACCAGGAAAUUGCUACUGAAUUACUUUAGUCUUAGAACAUACCUGAUGAAUAAACUAUUUUUGUCAA